CCGACCUAUCUGGCGAGCCAGCCAAAACCCCCCCCCCUUCGAACGAACCCAAUUGAACCAGCAACCAUGUUGUCGGCAUCCAGACGAGCGACGAGCGCCAUGUCGCGGCAGCUCCGCGUUGCCUCGAGACCCUUUUCCGUGUCGACGACGGUCCGCACCACCGAGAGACCCGCCGUCGUCGGGAAGAACGAGGCGGCAACCCCCCAAGUGGCCGACAACACCGUCCCCGAGCCGGUCGGCCAGGCUCCCAACCGUUCCCUGGUCUGGUCGCGCAACCAGAAGCCCCGCGCUGAAGCCAUGACCGGCCCCCGAUUCGAGCAGACCGACUUCUCGCUCCAGCCACAACCGCACUCCGCGAUGGAGCUCGUCCACCAGGAGCCGGUGCGGUGGACUCACAAGCGAGUCGUCGCAUGCGACGGCGGCGGCGGCGCCUCCGGCCACCCCAGGAUCUUCAUCAACACGGACAAGCCGGAGAUCUGCAGCUGCAACUACUGCGGCCUCCCCUUUGCCAACGAGCAUCAUCGCAAGCACCUUGAAUCCCUCCCCCAGACCUCGUACCCUCUCGCAUAAAAGAGCCAGCUGUGUCGGUCGGUAUAAGGGGUUUAGUGACGGCGGCGUCGGGAUGAAAGGGAGCCUCGCCCUGUGCUGUACAACGGGCUGGCGAUGUCGUGUAUAUGUAGCAGGGCCAUUGCUUCGGAUAACCAUUUUUACAUUUCAACUAGACGAGAACU